ACAAACACGGAAAUUGUGAAGGUAGACGUCAGCGUUGCAUGAGUGCAGGAUUUACAGGUUUUAUGAAUAUAAUUCGCUUAGCUUGAUAGCACAGGUGUCCGAAUAGAAGCUAAUAUUUCGCUUUUUCAGUCUAUGGAUUUUCUGCAGCUGCUAUCAUGUGCGUGCAUCAUAUUCACCGUCGGGAUGUUCACGACGGGAUUGACAGACUUGAAGAAAAUGAAGGCCACACAGAGUGCAGAUAACGUACAGUUUCUGCCCUUCCUCACCACAUGCUUGAAUAAUCUAGGCUGGCUGUACUAUGGAUUAUUAAAGGGAGAUGGAACGGUGAUAUCUGUAAACAUCAUUGGGGCCUUUUUACAGACCUUAUACAUCAUCACCUACUGUCAUUAUACCAAAGAUAAGAGGCGAGUGUUGUCGCAGACACUGGUGAUGGUGUGUGUGUUGUGUGUAGGCUGGGUGUAUUUCACUGUGCUUAUUCCUCCUGGAGAAGCUCAACUCUCCCAGCUGGGCCUGGCCUGCAGCGUGUUCACCAUCAGCAUGUACCUCUCUCCACUCGCUGAUCUUCUGGAUAUCAUGCGAACUAAGUCUGUGGAGCGCUUGUCUUUUUCCCUGACCGUCGCUACGUUUUUCACAUCCACGUCAUGGACACUGUAUGGCCUUCAGCUGAGUGACUAUUAUAUCAUGGUGCCCAACACCCCCGGCAUCUUUACUAGCCUCAUCCGCUUCUUCCUCUUCUGGUGGUUCAGAGCAGUCAUUCCAAACAAUCCCUCUUAUAAACUGAUCCAGAUCUGAGAGAGGAUUUCCAUUGAAUGUGAUUCAAUUUAAUUAAUUGCCUUCUCUACUUUCCUUCACCCGGUCCAAAAGAGAUUCUGGUUUCCUUUACGUCAGACGUCCGUGAUACCAUCCGAAACUGCCACUUUAAAUUCUGUGAAGACAGACAAUUUUCACUUUAGCUUUGUAUUAGGCAUAGUUUACCCAAAAAUGAAAAUCCUGUUAUAAUAUAUUCAUCAUCAUGUUAUUACAUAUCUGACUUCAUGUAUAGAAAUGAAAAGUGUAAAUCAAUGGUAACCAAAGCUGUUCAGCUGCCAAUAUUUUUCAAAAUUCCUUUUUUUUUAUUCCAGUGAAAUAAAGUCAGAUUUUGAAUGACAUGAGGAUGAGUAGCUUGACAGAAUUUUCAUUUUUAGAAAACCAAUCCCUUUAGAACAUGUUUUUUCUCAAAAAAAGGGAAUUCACUCGCUUAUAUUAUUCCAAACCUGUAUGACACAUUUUCUGCUCACAAGAGAAGACAUUUUGUCUUUUGUUUUGUUUUUGUGCAAGUAAUUGCAAAGAUAUGAAACGGGAGCUUUCGGUGUUUAAAUGAAAACUGCCACUGCUGUAGUUGCUGCAGUUUUCUGAAGCUGUAAGUUAAAAUUUGAGAAACUGAAAACCUUAGCUCUUUUUGGCACCUGUUUCUUGAACAGAUUAUUAUUUUUUUAAUGAAUUUGUUCAUUCAACUGAAUAACUCCAGCUCAGGUAUAACUGAUUCUUGAGCCCACUGGAGGGAAAUAUUAUCAGACUGUCAUAUAGCUUAAAAACAUGUCUUUUAGAUCUUUUUAUCCUUAAUAUUUUUUGAUAGCUGUAUAUCAUGAAAGUUUGCGUACACUAAAUAAUUUCCUCAGAAUCUCUCUGUGUUUGCUGGAAGACGAUCAUACAGGUUUUGAAUGACAUAAGGAUGAGUGAAUAAUGACUGUACAUUAACACCUUUUGAACUUUUAAGUUGUCUGAGUGACAGACUAUUUUCUCUUGGUCUUUUUGGUUAAUCCAUUUAUGGAUGAGGAUGUUUGCUGGUAUUUCUUAGUUAAUAGAUGUUCUGCAAAUCUGCAAACACGACACACUUCAGACUGACAGCUCAAACCGGUUUCUUCCUUUAUGGAAAUUAACCAUAGUAAAGCGUAGUAACACUUUUUUUUGGCAGUUUGAAUACCAUUUGAAUAACCAAACUUUUACUACAAAUACUAUGGUUAAACUAUAGUCAGUGUAGCCAAACCAUGGUUGAUUUGUGGUUAGUAUAAUUGAACUACAAUGACCAUGCUUUUUUUGUUUGUUUUAUUUGCAGAAAUACCAUGGUUAAUUUUCAUUAGGGUUAUUCGAGGCUGUUCUUUGAAAGUGAUGUAUUACUGUAAAGCAGGUACAGUUAUAUAUAUAUAUAUAUAUAUAAUUUUUUUCUUUUUUUCUUUGUUUUUGUUGGUUUACCUAUGGUUCCAAGUGGCCACAUUCUGAUACUUAAUGAAUGUAGUGUUUUCAGAUUGUUAAUUCAUCAUGGGCUACUUUAUUAUAACGUCAUUCUUAAUUGUGUCCAUAUGGCAAUUUGGCAGCUAUUUAAUCAGCGUCCAACUCCAGUGACAAAGCCCAGAAGAGAAUUAUGUGCGUAAAAACCUUCCUUUAUGCGGAAGAAUAAUACAAGCAUAGAAAACGAGUUUUACUGAAUGAUGUUUAAUUGCGAAUAUCAGAGAUUUCAGAAAACGGGAAAUUUUGUACGUCUCCAUUCAGUUUUCAUUUUGUAGCAAAAAAGGUUUUUUUCUCAACGGUCAAUGUCAGAGCAUUGUUCUUUAUAAUGAGCCCAUAAAAACAGUAAUGUAAAUAAACAAUAACUUCAUUCAUUCCCCUCCCUCAGAGAACACCAAAGUCGCACAAAUCUGAAGGCUUUGUUCACUGAGCUGUGGUGACAGGCAGAAUAUUAGGGGAUGAAUAAUCAGUUUACUUUUAUUUACAUUUCUGACUUGUAAGAUUGCACAAUUAAAAUCUUAAACUGCUAAAUGUUGCGUAUGUUAAACUGGUUUGAUCAGUGACAGGGCAAGCCUUUAUAUAUCUUACUGUACAUCAUUUGGUACUUUAUUCGCUACAGCCUUUCCAAGUCUCCACGACUGGGCUUUGUGAAUAUAAAAAAGGGUAAUUAUAAUCAUUUAAAACAUAUCAAUAUGUUUCAUUGUUAUAUCGUUUACGGCCUUGGUGUUGUAAGUUAAUUUUUGUGUGUGUUUCUUUGUACUAUGCUAUGCAACAGCAUAUAUUAUAUCAGAGGGGAUUUAGAGUGAUGUUCUUUCUGGAGUUUACUGAAAAAAAAAUAAAUUUUAUAU